AUGACGUCUUACGGGUUACUGGAUCAACCAGACGAAGAUGGUCUCCACAAGUCGCGCCUUUUGAACGUCGAAGAAAAGCCUUUCAAGCGGAUUUCAAAACGCCUCCUCAACAACGAUUCAACCGUAGUGUCCAACGCGACGCUCCCUCCCACCCCUCCACCAGAUGGUGCAGACGACGAUGCAACAGCAGCUGCAGAGGCGGAGAAACAGAGACGGCUCGAGGAAUGGCGCCAUUUCCGUGAAGAUGUUGCUUUGGAUUUUUCCGCAUUUGAAGGCAGUAUCGCGCGCAUCCAGUUCCUCUUGACGAGUAACGAGAAGGAGCGCGAGCGCUAUGCGACAGAGAAGCUUCGAAUCCUUGAUACAAUGCAGUCGGUGCGUGACAAUACCGCAGAGCUGCGGGUACAGCUCGAGGAGGCCCAGCGUCUACUAGCACUGCGCAAAAGCUACGAUGAAUUGGCAGAGAAGAUUACCAGCAACCGACUCUUGAAGCCGCGCGAAGAUCAACAGGCCAAUUUACAAAAGCUACAGGCGGAAAUAACGGAACUGGAGAAAGAGAGUAAAGAAUACGCACACACCUGGUCGGAACGGCGAGAACAGUUCGGUCGCAUUGUCGAGGAAGGAAUGCAACUUCGUCGGCUCAUCCGUGACGAGAAGGAGGAGGUCGAGCGCAGAGAAGGCAUGCAAGAGGAGGAAGAUGGAGAUGACGGGGAUGUUCCCUCCAAGGGGAAAUCCAGUGGAGCUAAUACCCCUCGUCACGAGUCAGACAGUCUGACUCCUUCUCAACAUGGCCAUGAUGAUCUUGGACGAUCACCAGCGGGCUUGCAAGUGGAAAAGACGGGUACUGCCGGUGCGGUGUCACCCUUGCGACAAAUGACUGCGGUGGACGACGAAAAUAAGACCACCCCCGAUCAGGACACCUCAAUGGAAGAUGAAGGCGAGGUCCCCGAAGAGCUAGAAGAAGGGGAGGAAGUCCAGGAUGACCGUGCAGACAAAAUGGACACUACUUGA